GUGACGACAUGACUUUUAUAAUUUUCCAAAGCUUUACUUUCUGUGCCGUCUUAAGGUUCUCUUUGUUUUGGGUUUGAUUUGAUGGGUGGGGGAGGGCUCCUAGCUCAUCGCUUGGAAAGGGUUGAGAGAGGCGGGAUUUCCUUGGUUUUAUCGCUUUUUAUCUGAAAGGGAGUUCCAGAUGAGUGCAGAUCUUGAGACGGCACGGGUCAAGUCGUUGCCUGAUGAUGCGUUCUACGUAGCGGAUUUCAUCACGGAAGAGGAGGAAGAAUUGCUGUUACAGAAGAUCACCACAGCCCCUCUGCCCCGCUGGACUCACCUGUCCCACCGUCGUCUCCAAACCUGGCCUUCUGCCCUCUCCAACGCUAACACUCUCAUCUCCUCUCCUCUUCCACCCUGGCUCGUCUCACCUGUCAUCCCUCGUUUUGAGUCGCUAGGUGUCUUUGCUGAUGCCCCGCACCGCGCCCCGAAUCAUGUACUAGUGAACGAGUACCAUCCGGGACAAGGUAUUUUGCCGCAUGAAGACGGACCAGCGUAUCAUCCUAUGGUUGCCACGGUGAGCUUGGGUGCGCCAAUUGUGCUAGAUCUAUACCAGAAGGGCCAGGGUCGAGAUGAUGAGGGUUGUAGGCUGCUGCAUCGGGUUUUGCAAGAGCGACGAAGUUUGCUGGUUACGACCAAGAAGAUCUACACUGACUAUUUGCAUGGAAUCGCGGAGACAACGAAGGAUGAAGAGCUAGGCCCCGACUCUAUAUGUAACUGGGAUUUGUUGCGGGAGCAGGAUCGAUACCGAUGCGGAUGGGUUGAAAGGGAAACUAGGAUUAGUUUGACGUAUCGGGAUGUGCUCAAAGUCGCGAAGGUGGGAAGUACGAUGAAAUUCCUGAGUGGGCGGUGAUAUUACCCGUACUUCCGGCUUCCAGUGAUGA